GCUGUGAUCCAAUCAUCAGCGAGCACGGAGUGACGUCUGAUAUGUAAACAAACAGAGGCAGCGCGGCCAUGACAGUUUCAGGAGAGUUCGACACAGAGUUGACCGUCUGCCGCCGCCGCCGUCGAAGAAAUCGGGUCGUCAGCACUGAAAUGAAAGACCCGAGACUCAGCAGCGUCGACCCGAACAUGGCCGUCACUAACGAGGUCAUCCUGAGCAGCCAGUUCAGCUCCGACGAGGACCCGUUCGCCGAGUACAUGUGGAUGGAGAACGAGGAGGAGUUCAACAGGCAGGUGGAGGAGGAGCUGUGGGAGGAGGAGUUUAUCGAGCGUUGUAUCCAGGAGCUGUUGGAGGAGGAGGAGCAGUGGGAGUGGUUCAUCCCGUCCAGAGACCUCCCGUCUCAGACGGUCAAUCAGCUGCAGGAUCAGAUCAGUCUGCUGGUUCUGGACUCAGACGUUCACGCAGACGUAGACAUCGAUGUCGUGGUGAACAGCAGUCUGAACCCCAACGCUAAGGAGUUCAUCCCAGGUAUCCAGAAACAUGUCAUGUGACCCGCUGGGCUCCGCCCCCCGCCCCAGUCCACACUGUGACAUCAUCAACAAGAUGUCUGCCGUAUUUUCCAGCUGCCACUCGACCUUCAGCCUGACGUGUUGCCAAAGUUCUGCGCUCGCAUGUCUUCAAGCUCAGAGUACUGUUACUAUUAGUUACUGCAGCCCUGCACCUGUCUGCCUGUCUCUCUGUCUGCCUGCCUGUCUGUCUGUCUGAAUGUCUGUCUCUCUCUCUGUCUCUGUCUGUCUGUCUGUCUUUGUCUCUCUCUCUCUCUCUGUCUGUCUCU